CUAUGAUUUAGAUCUUUUUAUCAAAUUUAUUUUACUGAUUGCAAAUUUGUAAUUUAUACUUACUUUUUUUAUUUUUGUCUUAUUUGUGUUCAUGUAACUCGAAAUUGCAUGUUAAAACUGUGGAUUUGAUUAGGGUUUGACAAUGUCGAAUCUGUAUGGGGAUUAUAAUCAAAAGAUUGAUUAUGUAUUCAAGAUCGUGUUAAUUGGAGACUCAGCUGUAGGGAAAUCUCAGCUAUUGUCACGGUUCGCGAAAAAUGAGUUCAGUUUGGAUUCAAAAGCAACUAUUGGGGUUGAAUUCCAGACAAAGACAGUUGCUCUUGAUCACAAGACGGUGAAGGCACAGAUUUGGGACACUGCCGGCCAAGAAAGGUAUCGAGCAGUGACAAGUGCAUACUACCGUGGUGCAGUUGGUGCAAUGUUGGUGUAUGACAUGACAAAGCGUCAAUCAUUUGACCACAUGGCAACAUGGCUAGAUGAAUUAAGGGGGCAUGCUGAUAAGAAUAUUGUUAUUAUGCUCAUUGGUAACAAGUGUGACUUGGGAAGUCUUCGAGCAGUACCAACUGAAGAUGCCCAGGAGUUUGCAGAAAGAGAGAAUCUAUUCUUUAUGGAGACCUCGGCACUAGAGGCCACCAAUGUUGAUACUGCAUUUCAGACAGUUCUUACAGAAAUAUACCGGUUCUUCAGCAAGAAAUCCCUCGCUGCCAACAAUGGGACGGAUAAUGGGAAUUCGGGUAUUAAAGGAAUCAAGAUUGUUGUCCCCAACCAGGAGCAUGAUACUGGAAGGAAGGGUGGCUGUUGCAGAUCUUCUUAAAAUUCACUCUCCACCUUUUUCUUUUUGUAUUCAAAUUUUUGGAAAAUGGUGUUCAUGUAGGGUACAAUUGUGUCGACAAAAAAUGA